AUGGUGGUGUUGGGUGAUGCGAUCGAGCGGAGCCUGGCGGCGAGGCUGCUGGGGGCCGGGGAGUUCAACAGCGGGGAUGCAGUCCUGGAUAGGGCGCUGAGGCUCCAGUUUAGGGUCCAGUACCAUCUGUUUGGGGCUGGGAUGACUGCUGUGGUCGGCCAGGUGCUGCUUGACGAGUGUGAGAAGGUUGGCGGAUGCCUAGCGGCAUCCGCCAGGGAGGCCCAGACGAGCAGACUGAUAGAUAAGGUUCUUCACAACACUAGAGGCGUCCUGUGCUUCCAUUUGGGCGAGAUGGAGGAUGCUGUGACGCAGCUCGAGGCAGCCAGGGCGAUUGGUAUCGGAUACGGGGAGUUUGGGCGAUACUUGGAGUUGGAGAACUUGUACUACCGCGGGCUUUGCCAGGACUCGCCGGCGCUGUACGGCAGCGAGCUGGCCGAGGUCGUGGAGGCUAUUCCGGACGAGUCCCAGGGGUUGGCGCUGCAUUAUCUGUACGCAAUCCUUGAGAAGCUCGCCAAGGAAGCGAACAAGACCGAAAUGCUGAAGCAGCUUCCCCAGACAAGCUCUGUGGGUCUCAUGGCGCGGCAUUUCUCGAGGGAAAUUCGCGAGAAGGAGCUGUUGAGUCUGGCGCAGGCGGUGCUGCAGAAGGCAAAGUUCCCUCAGGCUAAGGAGACAAAUGAUGUUGAACUCGAGAGAUUCCACGCCUUCAUGUCGUACUAUUUCAGGACACAGAAAAGCGUCUCUGCCGAAUGGGGCGAUUUCAUCGUAGCAUCGAUGCAGAGGACGUUCCAGUCCGUGAAAGUGGCCAAGAGCGCAAUGCUGUACUUUGCAAAGACCAACGGUAAGGCAACACACAGCAGGAGGGAAUCGGUGCUGAACUUUAUCAACUUUGCGAGGUACGCCGAGAAGCAUUAUGUGAUCAGCGGUGGAACAUACCAAGACGUCAUGUCGUUGAUCGAUUGCUACAGUUUUGUGCUGCGGAUGGCGAGGGACGAGUCGUGGAACAUUGAGAGUGUCUUCAACGUGGAGGAAACUACCAAUAAGCUACUGAAGCUUUUGCACUUCUUCUACCAUGAAUACAAUUUCCCGCUGAUGGAGAAUGCCGAGUCGCUGAAUUGGCUUGAAAACUCGUCGAAACUUUUCCUGCCCAGAACAGUCUCGAGAACUCUGUCAGAGGCCUGGGAGGUUCUCUAUCAGGUGCGAGCCGAAUCCUUGAAACAUAUGGUGUCCAAUGAUCUGGCCUGCUACUUGUCGAACGCUAUGUGUGCCGCCCCAAAGGGCAGUAAUUUAGCCGAUUUGCAAUUCGAGUACUCCUAUGUGCUUGCAUCACAAAGAAAAAUAGAGCCUGCCAUCAAAGUUUUGAAAUCCGUGCUUCUGGAAGCAAAUCCAGAGCUCUAUAAAGCCUGGCAUCUUCUGGCACUUUGUGAAUCCAUUCACGAGAACAAGGAAGUCUCCUUCAAGAUUGUCUGUUCUGUUCUAGAAGCUAUGAAAGAGAGCCUAGCUGAGAAUAAAUUACGAAUUCUCGAUAGAUGGCAAUUCAUUCAGUUAAAACUGACGCAGUUGAGCCUCAUCGAUGAGCUGUUUGGCACCUUAGAUGCUUCGGAAAUGCUCCCGGAGGUUUUCGAGCUUUACUCGGUCUUAUUUCCAGCGGACACCGAAGAGUUUGAUAGAAUUGGUGAUAAAUGUAAGCAAUCAAAGGAAUAUCUACUGCAAGCCAUUUGGAUUUUUGCGGCUAACCUUUACAUGAGGCUCGGUGAUAAAGUAGAAGAUGCCAAGAAAGCUAUCAGCGAAGCAGAGCAGGUCACAGAUAAAUUCAAGAAUCUUAACUGUGACCUUGCGAGGGGCUAUUUGAAAUUGAUCAAUGGAGAGCCAAGAGCCGCUUUGAGUAAUUUCGAAACUGUGUUAUUUUACGAUCCGCUGAACGUUAAUGCUCUCAUAGGUUUUGCUCAAAUCAUUUUUCCAGAAGAGCUGAAUGAAUCGGAGGCGGCACUACGAGAGUAUUGGCAUUUAGAAGAGUCCAACAAAGGAGCCCACAGUGCGGGAGGCACAACGCAGCAAGUGUUUGUCAGCGACCUGGAUAAAUCUGCUGCUUGUGCCAGGCUGAAAUUUCUACUGGAGUAUGCCAUUACGAAGUCCAUCGAAGCCUACCACUCACCAGAAGUAUGGUGGUAUCUCUCGAGCAUUUAUGAAAAAUAUGAAGACCAAAGCUACAAAGCUUCGCUACUGAACUGCAUACGGUAUAAAGAGUCGGAUCCAAUCCGAGCAUUCCAAAGUUGUAACUUUUAG